AUUGAAAAGUAAUUCAAUUGCAAAAGGCCAUUUGACAGGAAGAGGAGUUUUAUCAACAAACAAAUAAAUGUUUGCCAAAAAAUUACAAAAAUGGAUAAUUCCGAGACCAUAACGAAGAAAACCAACAACAGUGUGGAUUUAACCAAACAGGAACAAAUGAAACCGCGCUCUUUCAUACGGGGUACCAGUGGCCACUUGCUUCAACAAUUGAAUGAGUUUAGAAAAAGGGAGCAGUUUACCGAUGUAGUGCUACUGGGCAAUGAUGGCACCCGCAUUUCGGCUCAUCGCAAUAUUUUGGCUGCUGCCAGUCCUUAUUUUAUGGCCAUGUUUAGCGGCCACUUUCCCGAGAGUGAACAGGCUGAAAUUUAUUUACCCGAAAUCGAUACUCUAUGUCUGCAAUUGGUUGUGGAAUUCAUCUACACUGGCCUGGUGGACAUCAACGAUGACUAUGUGCAACAAUUAAUGCAGACAGCUUCAUUUCUGCAACUGGACCACUUAUCGGAUAUGUGUGGAGAGCAUAUGGGGGAAUUGUUGGAUCCAGAAAACUGUUUGGGUUUCAAGCACUUUGCCGAGAAGCAGAACAAUCAGAUAUUGCUGGAAAUGUCUAAGGAUUUUAUAAUAACGCAUUUUCAAGAUGUGGUGCAAUGUGAGGAGUUCUACGAGAUGUCCUAUGAGGAGUUGGUUCCCAUACUCAGCAAUAAUGAACUAUUCAUGCACUCCGACGACACCAUUCUACAGGGCAUAGUGCGUUGGGCCGAAUAUCAACCCGAAGAUCGUCUACCAUAUCUAUCACAACUCCUGCGUUUCAUACAUCCCAUGUGCGUUUCGGCGGAUAUGACACGUUCACUGACCACCCUACAAAAACAAAACGAUUGCUCACAAUGGCUCAGUGAGGUGCAACACUAUGAGGGCAGCUCGGAAUGGCGUAUCUUUCUGGUGGACAAAAUGGGCAGAAAUCCAGAGACUUGCCGCUAUGAUCUGAAAACGGGGACAAUGUUGACUUUAAAGCCUCCACCCAGGCCAGCAUUUGCCAUAAGCCUGGCGGCCUAUAAAAAUAUUCUCUACAUUCAGGGCGGCAGUAUAGGCAGGAGUACCAAUAAUUGCUAUUAUUACAACAUCUAUCGCGAUCAAUGGCAUGAUUUGGCCCCUUUGCAGGUGAAACGUUCCCAUCAUCGUUCGCUGAUAGUCAACGACUGUUUAUAUGCCAUAGGUGGCAAUUCUUCAAAUGGCAUUACCAAUUCGGUGGAAUAUCUCAAUUUGGCCACCAAUAAAUCGGAUUUCUGCAAACCCAUGUUAGUGCAUCGCAGCUCCAUGGGUGCAGUGGUGCAUGGUGAGUGCAUGUAUGUCAUGGGUGGCGAGGAGGAGAUACGCAGCUACAAUUGCCUGGAACGUUAUGAUCCCCGAGAGAAUUCUUGGCAUUUUCUAGCCCCCAUGAAUGAUGUCAAGGGCUAUUGCUCAAGCGCUGUACUGGGGGACUACAUCUAUUGCUGUGAGGGCCUGGGCAUGUGCAUGGAACGUUAUGACAUGCGAGCCAAUAGAUGGGAGGUCCUGGAUUUUGGUGAAGAGCGUGAAUUUUAUGAAAUCUUCACCGUAGACAAUCAACUGUAUUCGACAUGUGGCGAUUUUAUAGCCCACUAUGAGAUGGAUACAAACAAAUGGGUUGUGGUCCAUAGAUUUCCCUUUCUGCGUGAUUGGGACUAUGCUGUGGCAAUGAACAUGGUCAAUUAUGGUCUUGAAGAGGAGCAGGAGGAAAAUGCCAAAGACGAGGAUGCCGAUGAGGCAGACAUGAAGGACAAGUGACAAUAAUUAUAUAGCAACGAAAUGUUUGUUUUUCUUUUGUUGUAGUUUAAAUUUUCAGAAAUGUUAGUGAAAUUAUUGUGGGUCUCUUUUUUUUCCAAAAAAAAUAUAAUUAUAAUAAUAAUGGUUAAAUAGUAACAAAAAAA